UACGGUUACGUAUUUGUAAACGGUCCAUGCAUGCCGCUCGAGCCGAACGAAUUGAUACGCACGUGAAUCGAAGACUCUAGCCAAACUAUUAGAUCGUCAAAAUUAAUCAAUCACAGUUGUCACACAUCAUAUCAGGCCUACUACAGAACAAUCUGAAAGAUUCAAGUAAAACUGAAGCAAGUAAUUAGCUAGCACUCGUUUGUACCAACACCAGUGUUUGGUUUGCACCCAUGAUUCUUGGCUGUCAUUUCUUGAAGCACGGACUCGCCUUGGGAUCCAAGAUUAUCCGUCAUCGCAAGGGAUUUUUGACAUCGGUUCAUGCUUAUCAAGUCAGGGGUGAUGAAAACCUGCAUGUGAAGGAACUGCUUGAAGAAAGAAAUCGCCAGUAUCCAAGCUCAGAUUCAGGAAAGAAAAUGUCAGCAGGGGAGGAGUUGCCAGUGACAAAAGAUGAUGCUGCAUCUGUCAAGCGACCGCAAUUUGGGAACAGAUUUCUUGAAAAUCCUGACAAUGUCUUCCAGCACAAUGCAUGGGACAACGUGGCAUGGGACCCAGAGCAACUGGAAGCUGCCAAAAAGAAAGUGGGAGAGAAUUCCAGUCAACAGGUCGAACCAGACAAAAAAGAAUUGUAUGAAGCUGAUGCUGAUAGGUACUGGAAUGAGUUCUACUCUCUGCAUCAACACAAAUUCUUCAAGGACAGGCACUGGCUCUUCACCGAGUUCCCUGAGCUCUCCUCAGACAAUGCCCAAGCAUCAGCAAAAGAGUCUAGCUCUGAAAGGGGAGUAUCACAAGAAACUGCUGGGGCAGAGGCUACUCACCAGGAUGGAGCAUCUCAAGAAACUUCAGAGCCUAGGACAAUGGACAGCCUUACCACAGGCGGUUCAAACACCUCGGCAGAAGCAACGGAGAGGAAAAAUGAGGAUUGUGAACAUGGUCCUACAUCAUCAAGAACUAGUCGAAGUGAAUCGGGAACUGAUGAAAUCCAUGCAGCAAGUGAUGAUUUCCCAGGAAAGUCCGCCCACAAAAGGAUUCUUGAAGUUGGCUGCGGUGUGGGCAACACCAUCUUCCCCAUCCUCCAGACAAACGCAGACCCUGGUUUGUUUGUCUACGGCUGUGACUUCUCCUCUGUGGCUGUUGACAUCGUCCGCCAGCACGCGGAGUACAACCCAUCCCGUUGCCAUGCCUUUGUCUGUGACGUCAGCGACCCUGCAGCCUCGUUUCCAGUCCCCGAUAACAGCCUAGACCUCGUCGUCCUGAUCUUUGUCAUGUCCGCCAUCAACCCCGAUCGGUUCCUGUCGACGAUCCAAACUCUUACCAGACUCCUCAAACCCGGUGGUAGGAUACUCUUCAGAGACUACGGUCGCUACGAUCUGGCGCAGUUGCGCUUCAAGAAAGGCAGGUGCCUCUCGGAGAACUUCUACGUUCGUGGGGACGGGACCCGGGUCUACUUCUUUACGCAGGAUGAACUGCGGGAAUUGUUCAUUUCAGCUGGGCUGGUAGAAGAACAGAAUACUAUUGAUAAAAGGUUACAAGUGAACAGGGGAAGACAGUUGACAAUGUAUCGUGUCUGGAUACAGUGCAAGUAUAGAAAACCAUAAUGCAGCUCCUCCGUGUUUCUACCAACCAAGUUACCAACCAUUUUAUCUUUAUUGCAGAGCUACCAAGUAUCACGCAUUAGGCGUGACAUCAUGCAUUUCGAGGGUCUGAAAAUGCUCUUAUACACAACACGCGCGGUAGAUUUACAAAAAACGCUAUACCUUAUACGUGUGUUAUACCCUUGCAUGCGCGCUCGCCCGCCGAAUCAUGAAAAUGUCACGCAUUACCGACCUUUGAACUUGGCGUCUCUGUUGUCGGCUUUUAGAUUUUCUGAUGUGGUGAGACUCUGACACAUGUAACAGAAGAAGCAAUUAAGUGAAUUUUAUUACACAGUGAAAGAACGUACUACAAACUACAAGGAAUAUUAGUAUAACAAUUGUAAUCAUGAUAAAUCAAUUACAGUGCUAAAUAUAAUGUACAGUACAUUCAAGUCCUGGCCAAUUUAACAAUUUUACAAUAUUGCAGGAAAAUCCAUACGAUUCAAUUUAGUAGAAAACAAAUUUACGUUGUGGACCGUCGAUCAAAAUUGCAUGCGCUAUAGGUCUUUCAAUUUAGUGUUUGAGCCAAGGGGCUUGUAUGUGUAUCCUUUAACAUAAAUCCUGUGUAUUCUAAAAAAAUACUCCUAGAUGUUUGUGUUCCCAAUAUGUGGUGUAGUGAUCUUUAAAACUUAAAAUUAUACGCUGUCAUGGUAGACACUUUUUUCUUCUUUAUGCAUUCAUAUAAGCUAGAUGUUGUACUGAAAAGACAUUUUCCCUGUUCCUCCUUUCAAGUCUGUAUCAUCUGUCAGUCAAACAAUUAUUUAUCUGAUCUCUACUCUCUAGAUGCUGAUGGGUCUUGUCUUGUCUUUAAUGUGACUGCUAGUCUCCCCUCUCCCUCUAUUUCUUCCUUCCUCCCCCUCCCCACUUUCUCUCUCUCCACUUUACGGUAUAUAAGUCUUCCUUUUUGCCUUUAGAUGUUCCCCAAAUAUUACUGGUAUAUACCUUUUCGACAGGGACCAAUUUUAUCGUUGAUGCUAUUACUGAUUGGUGAAAUUGUCUCUCACCAAUAUUAUUUAUAGCUUAAUAAACUCCCAAAUAAAGAUUUUAAUUCCAUGAAUCAACUGAGAAUUCCUUAUUGUCAUUGUAUUGUACAAAAUUUGUCUUAACAUAGCACACAGAAUGAUAUAUGGACAAUAAAAAGAUAUCUGUACACAAUCAAUAUAUAUACCAUGCAUACAUUUGUUUUAUUACAUAUGUUACAAUACAACAAAAGAGUUUCACAUACAUAUUGGAUAUCAUCACAUAUGUACUUGCAAGUUUCUUUAAACAUUUUUUUCUGUAUCUAAUAGGCUAUGAUACAAUCGUCCAAAAUAUUUAACAUCCAUAGCAUGUAAGAUCAAUGACACUCGGUUCUUUUAAUAACCACAUGUAAUGUACUUCUCGUCUAGAAUACAGGAAUAUCAACCGAUGCUUCUGGCAUGGCUUAGAGUAGAGUAAACAAGUCCAUCGUAAUUGCAAUGUAAAUUGGCGUGGGUAUAUCACCAUUUAUCUUUUAGAAGCCAUUGCUUUCCUUAGGGUAGAAUUUUUAAAAAGCACACUACGAUGAUUAUUUGGAGAUUCCCCAAACAAAUGCUUGAAGCUUACAUUACAAAGAGUUGUGAAAAUAGGGGUUGGAUUUACUUAGUAGAACAAGAAAUUAUCUGAAUGUUUGAAGAUUGAUAAUUAAAUUUUAAUCUUAAAACGGUGCCAUGCAAAUUACUAAUGCUAGUAAAUGAUUACCCGGUAUACAUAAUUAUGCAACAUUCUGUGACCAAAAGGAUGACAUAUUAAUCAGCAGUGUAUGACUUUCAGCAUAAAUGAUGAAUGUAUUAAUCAGAUACAAGAUGAGGAAUAAACUCAUCUUCCUUGUAAAUUAUUCAA